AAAUAAAAUUCCAAUAACAAAACAAAAAAAAAAAAAACAAGCAUUGGAAUACGUUUAACACUUUCGUAACUUUCCCCCCCACACAUAUACACACACUUGUACAUUGACGGCGAGUGCAGCCUGGAAACAUGCCGAACCGAAGAUGGGCACCACAAGUCCAACCGGUACCGUUGGUGCUGGACGCUCAAUUGUCGCCACGCAGCCAACCGCUGGCGCUGGUGGUCUGCCAUCACCUCCAUCAUCGCUGGCGUCAACAGCAAUAGCAACCGGUAAGCCAGUGCCUGGCUCAACAUUGCGCUGCCUCGAUGACCCCAUCUUCGAUGUGGACAUUGGCCAUUUGGGUGGUGGAGGUGGUGGUGUUGGUGGUGUCAGCGCUGGUGGCGGUGGCAACACUUCGUCAUCGUCCACGUCGACCACCACGGCGGUGACAGCACGCACCACAGCGAACGAUGUGCUAGAAAAGGCUCGUGACCGUUUCGAUCGCUUCUGGGGCGGCAGCAAGGAGGAGCAUGUUUAAUUUGACGCAUUCGUAUCCAAUUACAAUGAAACAAUGAAAUAAUGAAAGACGCUGGUCGAAAUGAUGUUGGUGAUGAUGUUGAUUGUUAUGAUUAAAAUAUUAUUGUUAUUAACAGCGUAGGUCGUAUUGAGGUUAAUGUUUCGAGUCUAGAGCGCGUAUGAAAUUCAGUUGAGUUUUUUAUACUCAACGAGAGAGGCAGCCGGUUAGUCAAAUUCAUUAAAUAACUUUUAUAAUAAUUACAAUAACAACUAAUUACUAUUAAAAUGUGUAACACAAACUGAAGAUGUACUAACAAAAAAGCAAAAAUAGCAAUAGGUGAACAGAGAAAUGAGAAACACAAAACAUAUGUGUGAAAAAAAUUAGCAUAAAAUUCAAAAAACAAAAAAAAAAAAAAAAAACACAAAAUUAAAGCUUUUAGUGCAAGGUAAUUGCAUAAAAAUCAUAGCAAUAAUAUAAAAAUCUAAGUAUGCAGUGUGUCAAACCAUAUUCUUUCACAAACACACACACACAAACUCUUACUACAGCGCAAAUUACAUGCAAGCAAGCAAACACUUUGUAAGCGUUGCGCUCUUUAAUGCCACACUAAUUGACACACUCAGCGCUAUAAGACACGACAUCAUUAGAAAAUCUAGAUAUUUUAUUAAUUGACCAAAUCAAAUCUUGUCAUAUAUACCUAAUUAGUUUAAUAAAAUGCAUAUGUAUGUUUAUGUAAUAUUGCAUUGAAAAAGACACAGGGUAGCAGGAUUUCAAUUCCUAGUUUUUACUCAGUACAUACAGUUAAAUGAAAGGUGUUUUUAAAUAAAGCAAUAAAGCAAAAAACAAAAAAAAAAAAAUUUUUAAAACACCAAACUUAAGACCUUAAGUAAAAAGCCUUGAAGUCGCUUUAUAUAUUGAGCUGAGAUAUUUUUAGGUUAUUUCAGAGAAAAAGUGCAGUUUCGAAAGAAUAAAACUUAUUCGGCUAGAAAUAGUUGAAAUAAUAUUAAAUUGUGCUCCGUACUAAUUCUUUAAUGAACCAGAAUUUAAAGUUUUAUUUGUAUUUAGUUUGGUGAAUUAGACUUUUGAGGAUGACAGAUGACAACAAUUUUUCGCCCAAUUUUUUUAAUGAUACAAAACGAUUUUUCGAAGAAAUAAAGUGAAUGCAAAGUAUUAUAUUAAAUAUAAAUUAAUUUAUAUAUUAAUUAAAAAUCAAUUUAAUUUGCUUUAAAUUUGAGAAAGUAAACUUUGAGCGCUGAGACCUGUUGACUCUUUUUGUCGAUAAUUUUUUUAGUAUUAAAAAGUGAACUUUUUCCGAAAGUCAAAUGCAUUUGAAUGAAAAAUAUUACAAUAAAUCUGAAUUAUGUAGUUUAAAUUAUUAGCAACUUAAAUCGCAUCAAAAUUUUAGAAUAAAGUAUCUACAUAUGGUUAUUCUGCGAUUUUUUUAGACCACUUUAAUUUUUCGUCUAAUCAAAUUACUUCUGUAACAAUUCUUAAUUUUUAUAUUUUUUGUGAUAAAUUUUAACAUGGCUUAAAUAGUUUUUUGUAUGGUAUAUUCGUAUACUUAAAAGCUUCCAUAAAUUUAUUAUGUUUUUUGUGAUGAAAAUUUGAGCUUAAAUAGUAAACGUAUAUGAGAACUUCAAAACUUUCAUAAAAAAUGAAGUUAAUUUAUAGAUAUUCCAUAUCAUAACUGCCAUUUAAUUUCAUGAAUUUUAACCAGAAUUUCAAUGUGUCGUUUUGCGUACGGUAACAACGACAUUGUAUACAUCAGCUAUUUCAUAUGCCGUUUCAAUCUUCAAAAUGUUCAAAAACUGGCUUUCAGACGCUAUUACGUCGUGAAGUGCGGUCGUUUAUGUGUUUACAGCAUUACGCGCCAGCAGUGUCAGUUCACUAACGAGUUCAAUAAAAGCAAAUGUUUGCUUUAAUUUAAAAACAGCUGCUAGUACUUAAUGCUCUAAAGACCGCUAUUAUUUCGAGCAUUCUCUACAUUAGAGUCACAUUCUAGAAUAUGACAUUUCGCUAAAGCGAGCCAAGAUUAUGUCAAGAUGUAUGUGUGGUUCAGAGAUAAAUUACCAUCUCUUACACCAAUAAGUUAUCAUUUUUUUCUGCGAAAUUAGGAAUAAAUGUGAGAUAUUCUUACCGUGGAGUCACGUCAAGUGUUUUUAGAGUUUUCAGUGAAAAUUUCUUGUACAAGCUCAGAAAAUUUAGCAUUCAAAUCUGUUAAGUUACUUUUUUUUUAAACAACAUUUUAUAAAACAGAAAUUUAUAUUUUGCUGUCCAACUUCAAGAGUACAGUUAAAUUGAAAAACUAAAACUUUUGUUUGGUUUAAUUGCUUAUGCGACUAUAACCUUACUAAAUACUCACUAAUUGUUUGGGGCAUAUAAAUUCAACAUAGCAUAUAUGUAUAUUUAGAAAAUGUGUUCAAUUGUCUAAGAACUCAUUAAUAAUAAGCUCAAUAUGCAUAUACUUAUGUAUGUAUGUAAAACUGUAAAAUAGUUGUUUUUAAUUUAUAAUAUUUUUGGUAAAUUAACUAAAUGUAUGUCAUAUAUGCGAAAUAUUUCUUUGCAGCUUAAGACAAAUAUAAAGAAAAACUAAAUUUGUGCGCAAACCAAGGAAGUUUUUAUUGUUAGUUACAGAGCAAGAGUGUAGAUAAAAGUAAGGUAUUGAAAGGCUUGGUUUUAAGUUACUAAAAAAGCAACCUCGAAUUUCGUUUUUAUAAAGGGGAUUUAUUUAAUACUUAAAAUAAAUAUUUUUAUUUUUAGUUCUUAUAAAAUUAUUUUAUUAUAUUCGUUUUUAAAAAGUUUAAUAGUUUGAAAAGCCUGUAAUAUUAAAAAAAAUGUUAUUAAAAUUUUUUUUCUAUUAUUAUUGUAUGUCAAAACUUUUAUUAUUUUUUAUGUUUUUAUAAAUUUCUAGUUUCUAGUUUCUAAGCAGAAAAAUAUGUGAAAACUUAAAUAUAAAUUAAAAAAUAUUUUCAUACAUAUAAAAAAAAUUUUUUUUUUUUAUAUUAUGGUCAUAUUAGUAGUUGUUCUUGAAAGGUGUCGAUAAAAAGUGUGACAUGCAUCACUUAGUGUUAAUUAACUCACAAUAUUGCAUACAUACCUAUUACUAAAAAAUCGUAAUCAACCAUCACCGAAUCAAAAAACAUCAUCAUCACUUCAUAAAUAAAAUGUAGGCAUCAGAAAAAGACCCGUCCAAAAUAUAUAAAAAAAUACAAGCUUAAACAACUAUAAAGAAACAUUUUUGAACCAAAAAAUAACUAAAAACUAAAUUAAAUUUAGAUACAACAAACGAAAAAAUAAAAUUACACACAUGCUCUAAAUUAACAACAUAUAUAUAUAUAUAUACAUGCCACUUAAGUAUAUAUGCUAUACAAUGGGGUUGUAUUUCAGGAUAAAUAUUGAAAAGUGAAAGUUUUCGCUAGUUUUAAUUUUUUUAAAUGAAACUCAAGAAAAUACUUUCAUACAGUAUUUUGAACAGCAUACGAGCACUAACUUAAAUAACUAAUAUGGUUAUAAGCCAGAUACGUACAUAUGUAACGGUGCGUUUGCAAGACAUGUGUGGGGAGUUUUCAUAUAAAAAAACUAAGCAUAUUCAAAUUCAAAAAAUCGUGAAAAAUGCAGUUGUUAUUUAAUCGUUUUGUGGUAGAUCUUUGUGGAAUAAAACGAAAAAUUAUUAUCAAAAAUUUCAAAUAUUAUGUGUUUGGGUAAAAAACAUUAUCACUCAUGGAAAUGAUUUCCUUACGGAGAGUGGAUUGUGAAAGUACUAUUGAAGAAAUGAAAAUAACUAACCAAUACAAUUGUUUAUCGCAUUUAUUAUGUAUGUAUAAGCAUUAGUUUUGAAAAGAAAAAUAUCAAAAGAAGUUUUAAAAUAUUUUUCAAUUCAUAUUUUUAUUAAAAACUUAUUUAAAAAAAGCAAAAAAUAAAUAAAAAAUUAUUUAUAUUUUGACGACUUUGUUGAUUAAAAGUUUGCAACGUACAUAUAUAAGUGCUAAUUUUUUUGUACCAAACAGUUUUGAUUUCCAAGUGAAUUUCUUUAUAAAUUACAACGUAAUUCGAAAAAGAUUAUAAGGAUUCACCAAUUAUUAUAUGUAAAUCUUAAUGAGUUUGAACAACAUUUAAAUAAACAGCAAGCACCAACAUUAUGUUUACGCAAAUAAAUAUCUAUUUAUUAAGCAUCAAGUAGCCUUUAUGUAAUGCCUCAAUAAAUGCAUAUAAAAUAAUUGUUAUAUUUGUUAUAGAUGUAAUACUAAUAAAGCUUGUGCAUAUAAGAAUUAUUUAAAUAAAAAUUUGUUAGCGCUUAAUAGCAAAGCAUGGGAGUAAGACAGAUAUUUUUUUCUUUAUAUAUGUUUGUCUAUAAUUACUUCUCUUACUUCGCGAUAAAACGAACUAAGCCUGAGGCGAUUUCGAUACUCGUAGUUUCGCACCUCAAAGUACAUAAAAUAUUUUUAUGUACGACGGUGUUGAAAUUCGCAAUUUCUUAAAAUACUAUAAAUGUGUUUGAAAUAUGAGGUUCAAAACCAUCCAGAACUUCGCAAAACUUGGAGGUAUCUGACUAUUUUUAUACACGAAGAAAGAAGUGAGAUUUGCAGGAAGUGUUAUUAUAAAAAAUUCUUGAUUUAUGAUUGAGAUUUACCAUUAUAAUUUAUGAUUUAUGAAUGAUAAAUUAUGAUUUAUGAUUACUGAAUUAUGAUUUAUUAUUUAUUAUUUACGAUUUACGAGUUUAAAAAUCUUACAAAAGCCUCUUGCUAAUAUGAUUUAGGAUUUAUGGUUUUUAAUGAUUUAUGAUUUACGAUUUAUGAUUUAUGAUCCAUAAUUUAUGAUUAACGAUUUAUUUUUUUUAAUUUUGAUUUAUGAUUUUUGAUUUAUAAUUUAUAUUUUUUGAUUUUGAUUUAUGAUUUACAAUUUAUGAUUUAUGAUCCAUAAUUUAUGAUUAACGAUUUAUUUUUUUAAAUUUUGAUUUAUGAUUUAUGAUUCAUGAUUUAUAAUUUAUGAUUACAAAUUUAUAUUUUUUGAUUUUGAUAUAUGAUUUUUGAUUUAUGAUUUAUGAUUCUGAUUUAUAAUUUAUGAUUACAAAUUAAUAUUUUUUUAAAUUUUGAUUUAUGAUUUGUGAUUUAUGGUAUGAUUUAUGAGUAAUGAUUCAUAAUUUAAUGUUUAAUAAUCUUACGAAAGCCUCUUAAAAACGAUGAAAGCAGUUUACAGUAUUUACAAGGAGCAAUUUUGAAUUGAAUUUUAUGUAAAGAGAAAAGUUAUCGAAAUAAAAUUGUUUACAAAGUAUUAAAGUACAAUUAUUACAAUUAUUGCCUGUUAAAAUUCCACUCAUUAUUUACCGUAAUGUAAGUCAAAUGAAAUCCCUCUAUACAUACUAAUUAAUUAUGCUUACACUAUAUAUAAUUUAUUGGUAAAUAUAAUAAAUAAUUGAAGCUGAAAAUCUUAAAAUGAAGUUAUAUGAGCUUAUAUGGUAUUGAGACAAAAAGAAAAAGCAUAUGUAAGAAGGCUGCAAAUAUACACGUUUGUACUGAGCCUUCUAAAUAAUUACCAUCUGCAAAUAUGUUGGAAUUAUUUGCAUAAUUAGCAAGGUAAAAUUAUAUUGCGCAAAUUCCUCUUUUAAUUUAACUCAUUUGUUUGGCGGCAUAUUGAAAAUCUCAUUUCCACAAAACAAAACUAUAAAUAGGCGAAUACGUAAAAAACAAUAGAAAUAAAUAAAAUAAAAAAUCGAAAUAAAAAUCUUAAAAAAUUAAGUGAAAAAAAACCUAAUGAAUUGCAAAAUUUUAAAAUCUAGUUAGUGACAGCAAAAUCAAUUUUUUUCACUGGCAAGCCAUAUAGAAAAUGUAUAACUUCGAUACAAAAAUAUAAGAAAACAAAUGAAUAAGUAAAUAAACAGAUAUAUAACUUAGGUACAACUGGAAUCACUAAUACAUAGUUUGAAGACAGAUGCGCAUGCAGUUUAAUGUCUAAUAAUAUACUAUAUGUAUGUAGAAACUCAUGGUAAUGUAAUAGCUAAAGAAAUAUAUGGAACACAUACACUUAUAAACAAUAACCUUGUAAACAGAAAAAUCUAAAAUAGACUAACUAACAAAUUUGUUUUAAAAAAAUUUGUGCUACAUAUUUCAUAUGUUAUAGUGAAUAACUGAGCCAAGAAUGAAAUCGGAAAAUAAAGAAGUGCAUUUCUCAAGUUCUUGUAGUUCUAACAUAAAAGCGUAAAGCAAAUGAAACUUCAAAUAUCAUGGAAUUUACUAAAUUUCUGCCGCACAAUCGGUGAAGGUGAAUGCCUCAUAUUGACUCAGAUUUGCUUUAGUGUAUGUAGUAUUGUAGCAGAUGAGUUUACGUAAAGGUCCCUUUUGAAUUGGACUGAGAAGUUAUGUGUUGUCAAUAAUUUUUGACAUACUAUUUUUCGCCUGAUGGAUCAUGCUUCCACAAAACAAUAUUGACAGUUAUACCCAAGACAUUAUUUUAAUUAAACAUUAUUUAUGAAACAAGUAAGCUGCUUGUGUAUAAAAAACUAUGUAGAACUUAAAAAUUACGUUUUACAAAAAACAAAAAAAAAAAAAUAAUAAUAAUAAUAAGACGUGAAUGGAUUAAACAAAUAUAAGAGGCAAAUUAUUUUGGAAUUUUACUCAACAAUUUUGUAAGCAUAAAAAAUGGCUAAAAAACUAAAAUUAAUUACAAAUUUCAAAACGAUACUAUAUGAGACAGCUAAAAUUAUACAUAAUAGCAUAACUUAGAUUAAAUGCGUAGUCAUUGAGGUAAUCUAGAGAUACAUAUAUUCUUUUAUAAAUACAAAAAAUGCAAUGAAAAAAACAUUUCAAUUCAAAAAAAAAUAUUUAUUUUAAUCGAAAAAGUAACUGAUAGCGAGAAAACCCUAAAAAUACCCUCAGUUACUAUAAAUUUGGAUGAAAAUAAUUUUGGUUUUUGUUUGGCCAACACAACUUGUUUAAUGACACAAAUAAACAAAACACAAGCUGCAACUGAAAAAUAAUUUUUGUUAUUGAUUCUUCAAAAAAAAAAAACAAAUUUAAACCUAAUCUGAUCCUUUCGGGUAGUAUAAGCAAAAAACAUACUAAAACUGUUGACAAAAUUAAAAUCUCUUUACUCCUCUCAUUGUCUAUGUACAUGUAGAACUAACUCUGUCAACUGUCUACAAAACAUUACACAAAUGCAUAAAAACUAAAAUAUAUUAAGUGCAUUGAGCAAAUAAUAUAUAAGAAAUUUGCAUCAAAAAGCUAGACUAAUAACUGUAUAAUGCCGUAGUUAAGCAAACAGAAGCUACUAAGGUGAGAUAAUAGAAUACAAAAUCGCACACUCUCUGCAGUAGCAAAUAAAAUGAAAAUGGAGCAAAUAAUUUCCAUAUAACGCGCAGCCACAGAUAAAAAAUUAUUAAGAAUUUAUAAAAUAUUGAAAGAGCUCCGCUCCGUUCGAUUUUCAUCGACUUUCAACUAAUAUACAGUAAUGAAUGACAUAUACUCCCCGAGUAUAGAAUACAAAACAAAAAAA